UUCAUUAACAAGUGGUGGUAUCUUUAGAUGUGUUUUAAUUUUACAAAACAGUUUUAUGUUUCCUUACCAAGCUACUAACACAUGUCUAAAGAAGAUAUUAUUAUGUAUGUAUUAAAUUUAAAGCUUUUCGAGUUCAGUGAUUCAUAUACAAUGCGAAAAAAAUAUCAUAUAGAUUCAUCAAAACGUUAUACAAAACUUAACAGCUUACCUUACCACAAAUGUUGAGGGUGAUCAUACGGUAAAGCAUGUGUCAAAUUAAACAAAUAGUCGGUCUAUUUCUAUAUAUCGGAUAAGAUAAAUUUUAGAAAAUAGAAACUAACAUUGAUACAGAAAUAACCAAAUGAAUCGGAAGUUUCUUUUUAAAAAAAAAGUAUACAGGAAAAGGUAGUUAAAAAUAUAAAAGGACAAAAGUAAAGAGUUGGUCUCCUUUAAAACCCUAAAUUGUAACUGCAGCUGUUCCUUGUGGAUCACGAUGAAGAUGUUGGAACUUCCAGAAGAUUUGAGGAUGGAACCGUUUAUUCAACGACAAAAGAAUCAUAAGAAAGCACUGUGAUAAAGCCUCAAAGCAGUUUAUGGUUCUCAUGCUGCUAUGUCCAACUCAUUCACAAUUCUUCCAAUGAGCAUCAUCAAUCUCAAUGGAACUCCAUCUGUAAAACGUAAACGUGAGGUUGGCCUACUCGAUCGGCAUCACAAUAACUCAUAUCGAUUCCAUAUAGCUCAAGUCUUUCACUGCGACGGCUUGUUGUUAUGCGCCUCUUACAAGGAAUCUAGAUUCCUGGUUUGGAACCGUCUUACUAAUCAAUCAAUAUGGACUCAGUUCAACAAACGUUACACGGGAUUCACCUACCUUUUCCUCGGUUACAACGAAGACAGAAAAUCAUGUAAUAAGAGUUACAAAGUCUUGAGCUUUGAUCCUAUUAGCAUGAUGAGUGAUGUGGUAAUCCAUGAUCUUAAUUCUGAAGUCUCUGAUUCAUGUAGGACUAUCGAUAAUGACAACCAUCCAGGCUUGCCCCACAUUGGUCAGAGUUUAUCAUUGAAAGGAAAUACUUACUGGUUUGAUAUAGAUGAAACAAAAAUGCAUCUUGGUAUAUUCUUGAACAAAUUUGAUUUUUCAACAGAGAAACUUGGACGUCGUUUGCUUCUUCCUUAUCAGUGUCGAGAAUAUGAAAACUUGAGUGUUUCGGUUGUCAGAGAAGAGAAACUUUCAGUGUCGAUACAACGCGGAAUUACAUCAAAGACUGAGAUAUGGGUGACAGAUCAAAUUGAUGAGACCAAAGUUGUGUCUUGGAGCAAGGUCUUGGUAUUGGAUUUGAGUCGUGAUCAUCAGAUUACGCAUUUUGGAAGUUUCUUGCUAGAUGAAGAGAAGAAAGUGGUCAUGUGUUAUGAGACAUGGUACGACCCAGAAGAGGAGAACAAGUCCAAAGAAAUGAUAUACAUUGUUGGGGAGGAUAGUAAAGUCACAGAAUUGGAUUUGGGAGUAGAUAUAACUGGGAGGUAUGGGCAAACUAUUCUGAAUUAUACCCCCAAGUUUGGUUCAAUCGAGCCAGAUUGAGGCAAAAUAAAAAGAUGUAUGUGACUAAAUAAGCUAUAGUUUAUAUAUAUAUAUAUAUAUAUGGGAAGAUUAUAUUCAAAUAACACUAAAUCAUGUUUUAAUUACUAGAUUAGCUUGGCUGUUUGAAGUUAAAAAAAAAAAAAUUACUAGAUUAGUUUAUAUUUUUCUUUUUAUUUACUAGAAUGUUUUUCAUACCUAUAAUACCCUUUCAUUCCUUUGUUAACAGAAAACAUAAUUACAAAAUGCCACUAUUAUUUUUUUUGCCACAUCUUCAAAAAAUAAAAUUAUUUACGAAAUUGCCAUAAUAGAUAAAUAAGUAUGCCGUUAAAAAUCUGCGACACAAAAUGACAAUUUAUUUUUUUAAAUAAGAUAUUUUGUCUUUUUUUGUCUUUGAUCGGGAAUGGUAUUUUUUAAUUGUUAUCUUUUCUAUUUUUUUAAUAAAGCUUAUUUUUUUAAAAUAAGAUAUUAUAUUUUGAAUUCAUUUAUCUAUGGGGUAUUUUAGACUUUUGGUAGUAUUUUUCAAUUUCUUUCUUUUUACAAGUCAUUCUAGUCAUUACCCAAAAAAUGUGAGUUAUUUUAGGUAAUUUCCCUAUAUAUAUAUAUAUAUAUAUAUAUAUAUAUAUUUUGGUGUGUGUGUGUUUUUUUUUACUUAUUUACUUUGAUCGUGUUUUUAAGUGAUUACUAGAUAUUGACCCGCGCUUAGAAAGCGCGAGUUUAUUUUUGAAAUUAAAUAAAUUCUUCUUAUAUAAUUUCUAUAUAAGAUAAUGUAUAGAUUUGAGGACAUUUGCCCGGAUGCACUGAAUUGUACCAAACUGAAUUUUUUUUUAAAAAAAUUAAGCUGAAUUUCGUAAAUAACCGAGUAUAUCAUAUAUCUUUGGAACCAAAAAUAGAAACUGAACUGAAAACCAAAUGAGUAUUUAAAAUUUUAAAAUAUGAAUUAUAUACCUACAAAUAUUAAUUAUAUUUAAUUUCUAAAUAACCAAAUGUCCUAAAAAUACUACUUAUAAACCAAAUUAUGCAAAACAAAUUAAUGGCUCAAAUAUUUUUUAUUCAAAUAAUUAACAUUUAAUUAUUUAUCCUAUAUUUUUUUCCAAACAAUCUAAGCUAUCUGAUUUAAAGCGCAAGAUAUUUUACAUUUGUGAAAAUUUCAAUAAAACGUAUCAUAUGCAUUGUUAGAAUUUGUAAAGUAAAUAAACAUGUUCUAUUUAAACCAGUCUUUUUUUACUAAUUCCAUUUAAAUCUCCAACCUGUUUAGACCCAUUUGAUAUUUUGUAUGAUAAGAUUUAUUAUUUAGUUCAUAUAUAAGGUUUUUAUACACGAGACGAUUCUCCAUUACAACAUAUAUUAAACAUAACUAAACCAUUGAAAAUUUAAUACUAUUAAUGGAACUAUAUGUGAUAAUGAUCACGUCAUGUGUAAACAUGUUUGAAUGAUAUGUCAUGUAUUCAUGAGAAUUUAUUGUUAGAGUAAUUAUAUAAUAGAUUAUGGGAGAAUAAUAAAUGAGUUCAUUAAAAUUAUGUAAAGUAUUUAUAUAGUUAGAGAAAUAUAAGGUAAGACAAAAAAAUAGUUAAGUCUAAUGAAAUGAUUUAACAACUUUGUUUAAGUAGAUUUUUUAAGAAUCCUUCUUUUUUAAUAGUAUAGAUUUGAAGUGAUAUUUCAUUAACAAGUGAGUAUCAGUAUAUGCUUUUUAGCUAACACAGUUUUAAAGUUUUAUUUUUACUAGGUGUGUUCCCGGGCUACGCCCGGGUUUUUGACUGUGAAAAUGGUUAAGCAGAAAAUCAAAGUAUAUUAAUAUAGUUUGUCUAAAUUUUGUAUAAUGUAAAAUAGUGUUAGGGAAAAAAAAACCACUGAAUGUUGAAUACAGAAAGAAAAAGUAUUAUCGAUGGAUAUUGUUAAUUGUUGAUACAAUGAUUAUUUUAAUUGAUGUAGGAAGUAUUAAUGCAAAUUUUAGAAGGGUUGACUGGUCUUGUUUAAUGUUUUUUGUUCGAUCUCAUGUGGAGUUAUGCCAUCAGGUUUAUGAUAGGAGUUUAUUUCUCUUUUGGAAGCGUUGUAUGAUAUCAAUGUUGUUGUCAAAGUAAAAGCGCGAUCCUGGUGUGGUUGUGAGUGAUAGUUUUCCUGUAGAAGUGGAAUAUAUGUAAGCAUUUAGUUGACAUAAAAUUUAUGUUUAGUUUAUUACCUUCAUGUAACCGUGGAAUUAUACUUGUGAUGAUUACGAUUUGGUUUUUCCUUGUAGAUAUGCGAUUGAGCUCUCUGAAAUUAGCCGCCUCGUUGUCCCAUAUAGUUAAACGUACCAAUUUGGAUCUUAAAAAAAUAAUACAGGGUGGGAAAUAAAUCUUAUAUUAUAAAAUGUUAGUACCUGUCUAAACGCAAUCCAAUGAUGAUCUUUGUAUCGUUUUUGUGGUUAUAUAUAUCACUUCCUUGGAUUAGGCAUAUUCAGCCAACAACAUCUGUGGGAUUAAUCUUUUUAGUAACAUAAAAGAGUAUUUAUUGGUAUGUGAGAUAGGUAAUGAAAUCUUUGUUUUACCUGGGAGGAAGUUGGUUGCACUGGCUAUGCUGAUCAACUGGGUGUAGUGUCGGGGAUGGAAUAUGUAUGAACGAAUUGGUGGUAUGUUUUCUUGAACAUGUGUAAUAAUUGUUGUCUCAUUGAUAUUGAUUAUGUAUGGAUGAACGGUAAGCUUGUACCGUUGGUUAUUGGGAAGGAAAUUAAAAUAUCUAAUGUGAUAAAUUUCUCCUUCCUCGAACCGUUGGUACAUUUUGUCCGACGUAGAAAUAGGGACCCUCCCUUCCAUUUGUUGUUCCUGUUUAGUGGUUAAAAGCAAUUAAUUCAAAUGUUGUUAAUCUGAUAAAGACAUAGUAUUAUUUGAAAAACCUGGAUGUCAAGACACAUGAAAGUUGUUCGUAGGAAAGCAUUUUUGUUUUUGUGGUUUGUGAUGGGGCAUAUCCUAAGGAUCCUAACGAUUAUUGGGUGUGGUCCGAGGUUGUCGCUUUGGUUGUUGUGAACUUCGGCUGCAUGUCCUUCACACAUAGGAAUGAAAAUUAUUUUGUGUUGGCUAUCUUUUAUAUUUUGUAUAUUUUUAUAAGCGGUUUGAGAUUUUGUAGGCACGAAGAAUGUUAAACUUUUUUUGGUUUAGGUUAUAAUCUUCCAUUAUUUGGAGUUAGCUUAUAUUAUUUUAAUCUCAAAAGUAGUUGUGUUGAUGGUUUAGCUGUUAUUUGUUAGAUUUGUCAAAUUUUGUUGGUUGUCCAACGUAAAGUAGAUUAGUUAUAUGUAUUCUCCUAGAACCUCAACUCUUGCAAAUAUAAACCAAAACACAACCCAAAAAAUCAUACAAAAAUAAUAACCUUAAUCUCUUGAAAAUUUGAGUUUGGUAUAAAUAAUGUUUAGAA